CAUUUUUUGUUAAUUUGAUUGUUUUUCAUUCUGUUAAUUAACUAGUUAAUUAAUUGAUUAUUGAUUAAUAAGGAGAGAAAAUUAUGUCUAUUUAAUUGGAUUAAUUGAGUGUUUUCUUUGUUAUUCUUUUCUAUGUGAUUGAUCGUUUUAAAUUGUGUGUUCACUUUGUUUCUUAGUUGAAUUUUCUUUCUCUUUUAUUUUUUCUCUUCCUUUUUCUCUGGUGUUGGAAAAAAAUUGAUUUCUCUUUUUAGAAAAUUUUACCGCUGAUUUAUUCUAUUUUUUCUUGAUAACUUUGUGAUUCUUUUAAUUUUUUACAGUUACAAUUUUGUCUACUGUUUCUACUUGUUCUUGUUUCUCUCCUUUUUUUUUCUCCUUCUAAGCCUUUUUUUAGGUGGUUCCUUUUCUUUUCUUUUCCCAUUUCCAUUUUGGUUUUUUUCCAAACAAAAUUAGUCCAAAUGAAUUCUUCUAAUGAUAUUGAAAUCGAUCAGAUGGCAGUUAGAGUGAAGGAGAUUCUUCCACAUGUGCCUUUAAAAACAAUCCAAACCGACCUAAGGGUAACCACGGAUAUCGACGAGACCAUAGCUCGACUUUUGGAUGGUGUUCUAUCUUUCCAACCUGAAGCAGUAGAUCUUACAAAGUUAACCCAAGCAGCUGCUUCUAAAACAUCAUCAUCAUUUUCUUCAUCAAUUAAUAAUGGAAGACAAGGUGACGAUGAAAUAAUUACCUCCAACGGAGUACCGGCUUCCUUCAAUACUGCUGCCAAAGUUUUCGGGAAAUCACCCAACGAAAGGAUGUUAUCAUUUAAAGACAGGAAAAAAAACCUUAUCGAAGCAGCUAGACAAAGAUAUAUAAAGAAACACGGACUCAAAUUAUCCUAAUUUGUUGUUCUUUUUUUUCCUUGAGCUCUUAUGGAUUAGAUUUUCGAUAGAAGAUUCUCUUGUAAUCUCUCU